CGCCCUCUGUUCCACUCGGGUCGUCUGGACGUUUCCACUUCACACCAGCCGAAGGUUUUAGUCCUGAUUGUUAUAGAAGGUAAACAUCAGCUUUUACUGUCUGACUUUAGUACAGAUAUAAUUAUAAAGGACGUUAUUACAGAACAGAUACAGUAUCCGGUCACAGACAUGAGCAUGAUGAAGCGAUCAGCGCCUUUCACUUUCCUGUGUUGUGGAGAUCAAAAUGGCGGCCGAGCUUUCGGUGCUGUUUCCCGUUUUAACGGAACGCUGGAGACUUUGUCACAGAAACGUGAAGACGAGCUGGACGGUGAAACGGAGCCCACAGAGAACCGCGUACUGUUACAGGACCUGGAGCAGGAAACCCGGGAGCUUCUGGGGCAGUUUUACCGUUUACACAUCGGGCUUAUUGACCCAUCGGCUCGGAUUAUUAAUAAUAAUAAAGCUCACAGAGCGCUGAAGAGUCUCCAGGGAGUCGUGAACAAACUGCUGUGUGACCACAGGAUCACCUACAACGGAAUGGUACAGCGGCUGUUUGAGCAGACCAACGGUCUAGACAGCGUGAGCCCUGUGCUGAGUGGUGUGUUCAGCGACGGCGUAAUAAGUUGGGGCCGUGUCGCGAGUGUUUUGGCGCUGGGAGCGGUGGUGUGUGAGAGGCUGAAACAGGACGGUGUGAAGGCAGAGGAGUGUGUGGACAAGGUCACCUCUAAAAUUUCCUCAUUCAUCAGUACAGAACUACAGCACUGGUUCAUCAACAACAACAGCUGGGAUGGUUUUGUGGAGUUCUUUCAUGUCGAGGAUCCCGAGUCUACAGUUCGGAACACACUGGUGGCGGUGGCCGGGUUGGGAUUAGGGGUGUGUCUACUCACACUGAUGCGGUGAAGCGGUUGGAGCCAGAGAUGACAUCGGUUACCAUGGCUAUAGCCUUGUCCUUUGUUCUGUGAGAACAAGGAUGAAUAUGCUUGUGCUCUUCAGGGAGUUCACACUGAGACACUUUAAAAAGAAAAAAAAAAACGUUUUAUAAAAAGAGCAAUAAAAAAAUUUUAUUUUGCAAAAAGUUUUUCCCCCACAUUCAGAACAGCUCUGCUGCACUGGUCUCACAGGAUCUCUGCUAUUUAAUUGUCAGAUUUUAUGAUAAAGCUAAGGGCAGUGGUCCCUUGGAGUUUUACAGUUUAGCAAAGAGAUUUAUUUUUUUAAUAAACACUUCUGACACUUAAAA